AUGGCUGAAGGACGUGUCAGACUUCCCAGUUGGAUCAGUGUGGACUGGAAUGACAAUGACAAUGAUAAUGAUAAUGACAAUGGCGCAGUAGGAAGAGGUUCAGGGAGUUUGGGAGUUCGGAGUCCCCGUCGACGAUCCGUUGCUUUGGCUGUGUCUCCUACGUCUCCUACGUACCGCAAGGGCUUGUCGUCUUCUGCCAGAAAGAAAUCCCAGUCCUCCAGUACAAGUCCUACUCAUAGACAUACUCAUGCUGAUGUAGCUGCAGAGGAAUGGCAACAAGUCAAGCUGGCCAAGACAAAUAAGAAUGGCAACAGCAACAUUCCAAGAGAAAGAGAAAGAGAAACUCAGUUGCUCUCUUUGUGCAGAAAACAAGAUUGGUCAGCUGCACUCGCUCUGCUCAGACAACACCCAGAACAAGCAUGUCCGUGUCCUUUAUCACCAACAUCAGCAUCAGCAUCAGCAUCAGCAUCAGCAUCAGCCCAUUGGAAUCACAGUCAUCACAGUCAUCAAACACCAUCUACAUCACCAUCACCAUCACCAUCUACAUGCACUUACCAAGAAACUGCUCUUCAUGUGCUCUGCGCCUCUGCCAAUUUUGGCCAAGUCAUCUCCUGUCAGCUAUUUCAAGAAUUGCUCAUUGUAGCUCCCAAACAAACCAUCAUUCACAACAAACACCUUGGACACACUGCUCUUAGGGCACUACUCAGAAAUUCUACAUGUACUCCCCAUCUACUGAACCUUUUGCUAAACACUAUCCAACAAGAAUUACAACAACAACAACAAAUGGAUCCAUCUAAUAGAGCACUACAGAAACUGUGUACGCAGCCAGAUCAAACUGGAUGGAGACCCUUGGACCACCUACUCAUGGCACUACAUCAUCCAGAGGCAUUCAAAUUCAAAUUCCAAUGCCAACCAAACAACAACAAUCCUCUAGCUCUCAUCAAGGUACUUGUCCAAUAUGUGGGAGGAGACUGUCUUUUCGGGUUGACCAACGACGAUACUCCAUCGGAUGACACCAGUACCGGUACCAUCCACAACCAUCAAAUGCUCCUGCAAAAUCACGCACAGACACCACCUUUGAUCCGUCUACUGUCACUCAACCACUCCUACACGGGUCGGGGAAUCAACAAUAACUGCAAUACGACCACGAACUCCAUCCGCCAUCGUACCAGUAGUAAUGAUGAUACAGCUGCAGGUGAAACAAUGCCAGCGUCGUUCCAACAAGAGUCAGAAACGUCCGUCCUGUGCCAAACCACAAACUACUUCCUACAACAAUUCCCGGCUCUCAUGGAUCAAACUUCCAUCACCACCAGUUGCACGCCUCUACAUGUGGCCCUGCGAAACCAUGGAAACAAUAAACAACUCAUUCAAUGCUUCUUCUUGUUGAUUCUGCUCUUGGAGGUCGAUGAUGACGUAGACAACGACAACGACAACGACAACAAUCGAAAGAGCGAAAAUGGCAUUUUUCCCGCACGAGACCACGAUACUAUCUUUACAGACGAUUUCGCAUCCUCUGACAACAACACCAAAAACGACAAUAAAAGACAACGAUACAGUACUAGUACGAAGAAUCGCCUUUGCAAUUCCAUUCUGGCAUGUCUACGAACCGAAAAUAUGUACGGUGAUUUGCCACUACACGUGGCUUGUUCGGUGGGGACUCCCGUAUCGGUACUGCGUCUCGUACUGGAAGGUACUCUCAAAGCAAACGGAACGGCACCAUCGACUUCGACGAGAGCCGCCGUCACUACGACCACUACCAACACAACCAACACGCACAACAGCAAGAACUUGUGCUGGGCCGUCAAUCAUGCCGGAUACACACCCAUCGAUCUCGAAUGGAUUCGACACAUGGAGGACGGAAAAGGAUUCUUCAUGGCAAGAUCUUUCUACUCGCUCGAAGCCGGAGGUGUCAAGAAAACGUUCUGGAAGCAGGACGAAUUCUACAGGAUCCUCUUGCAACAGGCCGUACAGCAAGCCAUGGAUACCAAGUCGGGAGGAGGAGGAACUUCCAACGGCAACAGCAGCCGUGCCUCUAGCUCAACCACGGCAACGACGACGACAAAUCCUUCGAUUCGACGACACCGCAGGAUAUUGACGAACACGCAACGACGACCGCAACAGCACUCACAGACAACCAGGGUAACACGCUCACCAAGAGCAGCGCCGCCGUCACCGACAAAAGCUUCUCCUUCCAACAAUGCUGCUGCCCACGUGGAUGCGAUGUGUAGCCCUCCUACUAGUGCAAUCAACAGCGACAGUCAACGAGUUCCCGCUUGGGGACAGCAAAGCCCUUCGUCGCAACACACAACUACUGAAAUAUCCAGGAACUCCACUACGAAUGUUACGGCGACCACCAGUGUGCCGCCCCAGCCUAGCGAACAACCCACGUGGGAGCUGUUGCUGCAUCGCAUCUUUCUGAUCAUUCAGACCGCAGCAACCGGAAGAGUACCCAAAACACAAACAGACCUGGAGCAUUGUCUUCUCCAUGCGGCCUGCCAACUUUCGUUUCCCGUGGCGCCAAGUCUACCCUUGCCAUUACUAGAACUGAUUCUGUUCCUGUACCCGGAUCAGCUUCUCCUGUCGCAAGAUGAGGGCAGCAAUCUCCCGCUUCACUUUGCCGUCCAACCGCAGGUGCCUUGCCUGCACAAUCCUCACAAUAACAGUGCUGGUAACAAGAAGCACGACUAUUCCUUGACGACAAACUGCGCCUGUUUUCAAAAAAGUGAGUACCACGGUGGUAGGGCCAGUGAGAUUGAUGAGGAAUCGUCCAAAGAAUCCCAACAGCACAUUUGUAACGAAUGGGAAAAGUGGAUCCAACAAUUACUGGAGCAUGGGCCCGAUGCUUGCUCGACGCGCAAUGGAAGUGGGCAGCUCCCCCUUCACAAGGCAUUGGAGUACGUUACGUCAUGUCCUCUCUGUGACAGCAAUACUACUAGUAGUGACGGGCGGCAAGCGACGAAGGUCGACGGAAACGAAAUCGCAAUCAGCGAAACGAUAGACAGAAGCUUUGACUGUAGUCGUGCCAGGAACGAUACUAAAAGCAGGAAGAAGAAGAACAAGAGAUCUGGUUCCUUGAUGCAACAAUCUCCUCCCGAGGUGGCUCGACUCGGGGUGAUUCAUGCAUUGGUGGACACGUAUCCAGAUUCGGUGGUGGUAAGGGACCCAUUGAGCCACCUGAUGCCAUUCCAAAUGGCCGCCGCAAGCGCGUAUAUGCCGUUGGAUGCUGUCUUUUACUUGUUGAGGAGGUCCCCAGAUGCCGUGAUUGGGUGA